AUUUCAUCACAGUGUGUGCAGCCAAUAAGACCUUCCCACUUCCUGGCUACAGGGGGAAAUUUUGUUGUACUGUUGUACUGUUGUCAAAUUGUAUAAAAGCCAGCACACGCCAACACAGGCAGACAGAUCAACUGUGACGAGAUAAAGCAGGCUCAGUAAAACAACUCCUCUUCAGGUUUCAACAGAUCUUUACCCAUCCAAAAAAAAAAAUGGAAUCUGAGAUGAAAUGCAGCAUCAGUGAGAUGUGGCUCCCCACCAUGCCGAAAGGACUGCAGUUGGAAAUUUCCCAGCAUCCGAUGACAAUGCGCCAGGUUUUCAACCUGGUCAUCGCCCUGGAAAGGCUGAAGUCUGGCAGGUCAGAGUCAGUGAUGAGCACAGAGUUCAGAGAUGAAAACCUGCUCAGCAUCAUGUUGGACACCAUCGUUGAAGAACAACUUGUCACUGGAUGUACUGCGGCUCCACCGGAUGAGUUCUACAGGACUGGCAUGCACCAGUGCAGUGUGACUGACAACCAGAAGAGGAACUUUGUUCUGAACAGCAUGGAGCUCCAUGCAGUGAUGCUGCAGGCAGGCAGUGACAAACGCAAAGUUUUUCUCAACAUGUCCACGUACAUCUUUAAUCCUUCAUCCAGCACUGAGGCCAAACCUGUGGCCCUGUGCAUCAAAGACACAGAUCUGUACCUGUCCUGCCACAUGGAGGAUGAAACGGCGACUCUGCAUCUCGAGGAAGUGAAGGACCCCAACCGUCUGUCCAACAUCCGUGCAGGAAGUGACGACCUGAGAUUUCUGUUCUACAAGCGGGACACCGGCGUAAGCCUGAGCACCCUGAUGUCUGCUCGCUACCCCAACUGGUUCAUCAGCACAGCCAAGGAGGACAACAAGAAGGUGGACAUGUGCAGAGAGAUGAGCCAGCGCUACCAGAACUUCACCAUCCACCAACGUCAGAGCUAAAGACUUCCACUUUAGUGGAUAAAAUGACAGUCUUUAUUUAAAACAACCAAGUAGAUGUUAUUUAAGCAGAACAGUAUUUACUGUAUGUACUGGGUACAGAAAGUAAAACAUUUGCUAAACGUAUUGACAAACGUACUGUCAAAUUCAGCCACAAGGUGGCAAUGUUGUGCUGUCUGGAAAGCACCCUUUGUAUUUGUAUGACGGCUGCGACAGUAAGUCUGUUUAUUUAUCUAUUUAUGCAUAAUUUCAAAACAAUGAAAUGUAUUUAAGAAUUUGCUUGAUGACUGUUCAGAUGUGGGCAAAACUAAUGAAGUCUUGUAACCUAUUUGUAUUUGAGUUCAAUAUGUGACAAAUAAAAUAAAGAACAAAGAACUAAACU